UUAAACAACAUUCUACUAAUUGCGACCCCCCCAUUCUUAAGCUAAAUUAAAAGAACUUGAUCUCUGGUAUUACGGGAGCGCAUUAAGAAAUGCAUUUCAUUAUGAUGAUUCAUUCAGCAUGCACGUUCUUAUACGACGACCAAACCAUGAGCUUAUUUUUUCCUUCAUUCAUUUGAGAAUGAGAAUGGUUAAUCUAUUUUUAUUUCAAUUGAAACUAUGCCUUCAUGUCUUUCAGAGGCAUUUGGUGCCUACUUUUCUACGCUUCCAUACCGCUAGGCUUUUAUGCUAUUUCCCUUCAACUUCUAUCUAGUACACGAUGGAUCUGCAAUACAAUGUUAAUGAUGAAGACUAUCAAUCCCAACUUGAUGACUUCAAAGGUUUCUGGCCCUCAUACUUUGAAGGUGAACUCACAUUGUUUGAUGAGGAAAUGGAUGUUAGUAUCACCCGCAAUCACGAUGGAAACUCGACUUUGCUUUCACAAUAUAUCACUUCGGGUGACUUCGCCAACACUAGUGUGCAGAUGAGGCCCAUUCGUUCUUGGAUGCCACUCUUCUUGUGGCUAUUAGAUAUAAGUAUCGUCAAUUCAUACAUACUAUGGGAUAAGGCGAUAGUCACCACGACUAUUUCCGGCAGCGCAUACCAAAACCUUAUUGUAUUCUCAUCAGAACAAGAGCUUCCUGCCCUAUAUUUGAUGGGUAUCUCUAGUCUCCGGCACAACUGGGAUAAUCUACUUCUCAGAAUUCUACCAUCCAUUCCACAUCAUGAGGCUCUCAAGCAUCUUUAUCUUUUUCAUGUUGCCUUCUUGGCUAUGUUCACUCCUACGGUAGCAGUUGGCCUUGCAAAGGCUAUCGAUCAGGUCGGGAAAUAG